AUGGACUUUAAUUCCGCACGUCAAGGCAGGGUUCCUCCUACAUCCGACGUUAGCAAUAGAUUUAAGUCUCACUUGCAUGUGGGCCGGUUCUGGAAAACUCAAUGGCCUGCUGUUGGCCAAUGUCAUCGUGCCUUUUUAGCAAUCUCUUCCUCGCAGUCUUCUGCUUUCGUUGAAGAGAAGCUCAAGGGACCUAUUGAUAAAAUACUCAUAGCUAAUAGAGGUGUGAUUGCCUGCAGAGUGAUCAAAACUGCAAGGCGGUUGGGUAUAAAAACAGUCGCUGUGUACAGUGAUGCUGAUAGGUUCUCCGUGCAUGUCAAAAGUCCGGAUGAAGCAGUACACAUCGGACUGGCUCCUGCAAGUCUCAGCUACCUCUUUGCUGAAAAAAUAUUGGCUGCUGUCCGUUCUACAAACGUAAAAGCAAUCCAUCCAGGCUACGGGUUUCUGUCCGAAAAUGUUCACUUUGCUGAAUCCUGCAAGAAAGAAGGGAUCAGGUUUAUAGGUCCACCAUCCACAGCUAUACAUGCAAUGGGGGAUAAAAGUGUAUCGAAGAAGCUCGAUGCAAGCUAAAGGAAGAAUGUUUUAGAUCGUCGAGGUCCGAAGUGGAUUGCAUCCAGCGCGCGGGGCAGUGGCAGGGCGCUGUGUCGACGUCGGAGUGGAUCAAAUCUGAAUCUGGACUCGCUGCGAAUUGGGGAUGUUCCGGUGACGAUCGUUUGGUAAUUCAGACUUGCUUGUGCAUGGAUCCAGCACCCUUGUAAGGACAACAGCGGCAAGUCAGCUUGAAGAUGGUUCUGACAUAAUUUGGAUAACGCGAACAAAUUACGAAGAAUUCCGUGGCGAUGGAAUUCUUUGCAGGCAUGCAAGUGGCGGAACACGAGCGCAUGAAGGGCAGGGCCACCCUCUCUUUUCCCCGAUUGAGCGGCAUGGCGACACGGGCCGAACCGUGUACCCCGAGCGGCAGGACAGGAGAUCGAGUAGCGUAACAAGAGUAGCCGAAGCCUCCGCUCCGACGUCACUUCACCCGUGGUAUCGCGUUUCGCCUCCAAUACGACUCUGGCCUGCGAUUUCGUCCAGCAUUUCUUGUGACGCACUUUUGGAUUGGAGAUGUGGGAUCAGGUGAGCUCGGAGUUGGCGAUUUGUCGAAUGAAUUCUGCAUUCAAGUUGAUAAGUUACGAUUUACACGACAGUUGCGUUUGUAUUGGGCCGGGGUUUUUACUGUAGUCGCGGCUUUUGAGAGAACUGGCGGGGUUUCAAAUUUUGCUCUCCGUUUCUCUCCCCGUCUCUUCCCAGCACUGAACCAUGCACGCUGCUUUUCUCGUCCGUCUGGUCUACCUUUUACCUGCAGUGGUUUUCGGGAUCGUCAACCCGGAGAAGUUUCAGGAAAGCGCAAUAGUCCCGACCCUGUCAUAAGACGUGUAUGUUUUCCAUUAUGCACUUUCUCAAAUCCAUGCUCAUGUCUACAAUCAAAUCAGUGUCGAUGAAUUGCUGUAGUAAGUGGUGAUGGGUCAUUUCUUGCAAUUUA